AUGGGUCAUAAUGAUGUAUGGAAGGCGUUGUCGGGAGUCGUUUGUGUGUACAAGCAUUCUGGAAUGUCGUCGUCAGCUCUGAUUAGGCUCAUAAGGAGGCAAAUCAGCCAAUCUAUCGUCGACAUCGAGUCUACUUCACGAGUAAGGCUACCUAUGAUAUCUCUACCGGUCGUGGAGCCUCAUUCCAAAUCUGGAGCUCUUGUUGUGGUUGGUAAAAAUGAACUCGCAGAUUAUAGGUAUCAUCCUCUUGUGUCAGGUAGAUCAAUCAGACCUGAAGACGUUCAGAUGCUAGAUGCACUUCCCCUAGCAACAAACAGUUCUGGAAUUUGCUUAUUUGGAAUCAAUGACGGUUGUGAUCUUGUUGCCGAGCUCAGGGCGAAAUCAUGGACUAAUGUCUAUCGGCUAGAUGGACUCAUCAAGAAACCCGUAGAAAACCAAUCUGAAGUUUUAAAAGUUACUCGCCAUCGAAUAGAGAAAGUAUUAUCACGAAUGGAGUCAGAGUUUCGUGGAGCUUCGUUUCGUCAUGCAAAUGUGGAUCUAGAAAGCUCCGAAGCCUUCGAAUUAGCUCGACGUGGAACUCCUCGAGCUCAACUUCCAGGCGCUCAGAUAAUUUAUUCGAUAGAUUUGAAUUGGUUUCGGUCCCCGAGGUUUUCGGUGACAGCGCAAUGUUCCGGAGAAGAUGAUGAGAUGUUGAGACGGCUGAUUGAGCAUAUCGGUUCGAAUCUUGGGAUGGAGUCGGCCAUAAUUCGAAUACAAAGGCAAAAUUUCGGACCAUUCGGAAGUGAAAAUGCAUUACUGGAGAAGCAGAUAAAUCUACAGAAUAUCGUCAGAAAUAUCCAGCUGAAUCGCGGUAUUCUCUCUUCAUCCGCGUCAAUAGACAAGAAAGUGGUCACAGAAUGUUCUGAAAGUGAACACUCCUCGAAAAGUAGUGAAAUUUUCGAUGGAUUCGGGCUGAAGGAGUCGACAAAAUUGGAUGAUUACGAUGCGAUGAGACCGGUGUGGCCUAGAAAUUAUUAA